AUGAGAGAGGCAGAGCUGCUCGCAGCUGCUGUCGACCUGCUUGCGCUCGAGGGAGAACGAGGCGCGACGUUUCCAGAGCUUCUUGUUCUUCUCUCGUCGGCCCAUCCAGAGUUUGCGACCAACAAGAGACAGUUCCAGGAUGCGCUAUGGCGAGCGCUCUACAACAGCCCUCUCGUCUUCUUCUCACGUCUCGAAGGCGCGUCGGAAGAUGAGAGCAACUCACGGCCUGUCGGAACUGCAGCAGGGGGACAAGAUGUACAGGCCAGCCGUCUCGAGUGGCGCCAUCCCCUAGUGCCGCCUGUGUUGCCGUCGCGUUGUCCUCGCAAAAGCAGAGGCGCAAACGCGCAAACAGGAACAGACCCGCUCGAAGAGUGCUCCGGGUGUCCACAGGCUUCUCCGUCUUCGUCUUCUUCUUUGUCUUCUUCUUCGUCUUCUUCUUUGUCUUCUUCUGCUCUGUCUGAAGGGCGUUUCGGACGUCCCUCUGAGCUCGGACGCACUCUGGAGGAUGCAGGCAGAAGAAACAAAGAGCAGCAGGCAAACGAAGAGGGUGAGCGAGACGGCCCAAGGGGAAGGCAAGGUUCAGAGGAGGUGGCUGGAGAGGAGGCAACGAAGAAGAAAACGAAAGGCAAGGCAAGAACACGGAGAGAAGCGGAGAACAGCGGAUCGCAGAAACCUGCUCGGUCGGUGGCCGCAGGAAACAAGUUCGAACGCACGAGGGGCAUUCAGAAGAAGGUGCGAAAGGAGAGGAAACAGGAAGAGAGCUCACACUAUGGAGACGAGAGUGAGAAAGAGGAGAGCGAGAGACAAGUGAAGCAGGAAACUCCAGAGCAGUGCCUGGCUCACUGGCGCUUCUCUGUGAGUGCUGCGGUUCGGCUGAAUGCGCUCGGACUUCCCUUCUCGCCGUUCCUCGAUGAAGAAGAAAUCGAAAAUAAGAUGAAGGAGUUGCCAAUGGUUGUUCUCCAGGCGAUUACGAAGCGACGCUACGCUGGUCACUGGCAGUACCAGCUGGCGACGGAUUUGGGGAUGCCGCCGAAAACGGUGUUUCACCAUUUGAAGCCUUUGUAUCGCCAGGCGCUCGUGACGCACAUGCAGUUGCCGCUGCCUGCGUCUGCACGGCCGUCAGCCUGUGCGCGAGGGCCGGCCAAUCUCACGAUGUCGGCGCUGCUGUGGCACUAUCGAUUUUUUGACUUUCCUCGUCUGCCGUCGCAAGUCCAGGCGACUGUCUCGCUGCACCAUCUUCUCCCGUUGGAGCACCAAGUCGUGGAAAUGCUGCAGAGGGCGCCGACGCACGUGAUGUUGGAAAGCGAAGUUCAUGCAUUCUGCCUUGAGGCGUUCACCACCUCCGAAAGGUUCGCCCUUGCCUCCUUCACGGCGAAACAGUUUCGUCGCCUCUACCAGAAGCUCCGUGGGGAGUUGAUGCGUGCGGGCCGAGUCCGGCGUCUUCGCGCUUGGUGUCCGCAAACGCAAAAAUUCGAAAAGUGUCUCUGCCUCGCUUCUGCCUUCUCUCAUUCUUCCUUGCAAGCAAAAGAAGAGAACCCCACACGUUUCUGCGACGAUCAGGCCGCUGGAGGCGAAGCCACACGACAGGGCCCCGCCCAGGGAGAGACACAGGGACGUACGCGAGCGGAUGAGGAUUCAAAUUCGCGCUCCUCCAUGGCACUUUCUAAAGUCAAACAGGAGCCUGGGGCGACUCUCGCUUCCUCCACUCUCUCAUCUUCUUCCGUGUCUCCUUCGCUUCGUGGGGAAGGGAACAAAGCCCCACACAAGCAAGGAGACAUCCUUGCUGCAGACAGCACAGAAGGAGACGAUCCUCGGGGAGACGAAGACGAGGCAUAUGAAGACGAGAUGAUUUGCAGCAUGCUCGCCUGGGAGCUGCCUCUGGCUGACCAGGUCGUGAUGCUUCUCGAAGCGAGCGGUGCGGCAGGCCUUCUUUCCAUUCAGGUGGCGCGUUACAUUGGAACUGACAACAAACGUGCCGGGAAAAUCUUCGCGGAGCUCGAACGCCGGAAGCGGGUAUGGAAGGUUGCGGAGCGGCGCGGCCGUUGCUUCAUGUAUCGCUAUUUCGCUUCUUCGAUUCCUCAUCCAAGUCUCUCUCCCUCCGCUCGACUGCCCACUGACCCGGGCUCGACUCUCGCAGCCCCGUCCCUUUGUGGCGCUUCGUCUCUUGUCCCAGCUGGAUGCCUGCAAAGCACACUCCCGACUCAGACGGAGGAUCUCCCCGAUGAUGCGCCUGAGCAACUGUCCCGUCUUCUGGCGUGCGACGCAGCCGUCGAUGUUCUUGAGGCAGACAGCGCUGCAUCGGCCGCAAGAGUCGUGCCUCUGGUUUCUCGGCAAGAAGCCGCCGAGGCAGAUGUGCAUGGGGAGAGUGGAGAGCCGCAGGGGCCUUGUGGUGAAUCAACAAAUGAUGCAAGGAAGAAGCUAGGAAAUGGAGGAGGGGACGGAAGCCGCGAGAGACGAAGACGUAAAGAGCCUGCGAGUGAACCUUUCGAGGCAAUCGAUCUUGAAACGUCCCCCUCUUUUUCGCAGGCGCCGCGUACUCCGGCUCCUGGCAAUUCAGGACCUGGGGCUCGGGGGCGAGGGAGCAGAGGACACACAUACGGAGACACUGCUCAAAGUGAAAGCAGUACCUCGUCUGCUUUUCUUCAAACCGGCCUCUCGCUUGCCGAUUCUCCAGUACCAGGUAAUUGUCCAGAGGCAAUCAUCUCACGCAACGCUAUCCCGGCUCCCGCUGUGUCUCCUUCCUCUGCUUCUCCGCCCUCUUCAUUGGCAUCUGCGCCCUCGUCGGAUGCCUUUUCACCGCCUAAAGAGUCAGUGCCAGGACCUCGGAUGGCCUCGCUGGAAGCCGCCGGUGCUGGACGUGGAGACGGUUUCAAUCCCGGCGAGACGAGCAAGACAGAAACGUCUUCGGCCCUGGACUGCCUUCCUGCAAGCUCCUCGCUGUCUCUGUUGGGAGGGGGGCGGGAGCGAGAGGACAUUACACUUUCUCUGGCUCUUGGAAAGAACCAAGUUCGAAAAUUGCGGACCCCGCAGUUCGAGCGUCGUCUGCGUCUCUUCAUUGCCCACCUGCAAACUGAGGGAUGCGCGACAAUUCCAGCGAUUUCCAAGGUCCUUGCCAAAGCCGAGUCUUCGGUCAACGGCCCUGACAGGAAGACGGUUCAGCGAAUGGCUGCCGUUGCGAUGCAGAUCGAACCUCGCGUUGCAGUGGGGGGCCUGGUAAAGCCUGAUGCAGAGAAGGCGAUGGAGAGGAAGGACGAAGUGCUGCACCCUGAAACAGACGAAGGGAAAGAGGAGAAACCCAAGAAUGCUUGCCACCGACGCGUGGGCUCCGAAGUUGUCUUCUACUACUGGACAGAAAAAUUCACGGAGGAGCAAGCGCACAGACGCGUGACUGAAAUGAUUUCCGCCCGCCGCAUAGAAGGCUGCAGACUCGCGGUCCAGCGAAACGAACGUCUUCUCAGUGGCCUUCGCGACCAGCAGAGUGUGGGGGACGAGAGGCGCCAGGAGAAGGCUGAGCAACGCAGGGCUCUGGAAGACGAAAUUGUGAAGCUUCAGAAAAUCGAGGAGAAAAGCAAGCUGAUGAUGUCGGGGGCAGACGGCGACGUAAACAGAGGAACGGGCGGAGGCAUGCCGCUCACAAUGCAGCCUGAACAAGUCCACGUUUCCCCUGUUCUUCACGUCGUCGCGAAACAACGCCUUGGAGGAGACGCGCCUUCGCUGCACUCGACCGGCGUCCUCCAGUUCAGUCAAAAAACUCUUGCGCUGUACGGCUUUCUCUUCCCAGUCAUGGUUCGUCUCAAGUGCCUGCACCAGUUUCUUCUUCAGCUUCUCUCGAACGUCAAACAACAGGCUGCCUCUCCCACCGGCGCCCUCCCGAGCGCUUCCUCUCUCGGCAAUCAGGCAACCGAGUUUCUCGAGAAGGGAAUGACGAUUGCAUUCAUGCUCAGAAAAAUGCCGCUGGAAAUCUUCCUGCGAACGAUUGGCUGCGGGUAUCGCGUGCAGUUCCUGGACAAGCAGCUCUCGGCUCCGCAGGCCUCUCAGGUCCUCGUCGAGGAUCUGCCGCGGACGGUCUUUGACAUCCUUGUUCUCUCCAGCCGGCAACUUCAUCUCAAACGCCAGAGGCAGCAGCCGCCCACGCUGCCGCUCACAGGCAACAAUAAACGCAGUGCCCCUGCAGCACUCCGGCGCCUACUCUCAACUCUGUGUCGCAUGGGGCUUGUUCGCGCGUUGGGAGCUUCUUGUUUGCCAGCAUCGGCGACGUCUCUGGAGAAAGGGCCAGACAGCGAAUGCAACGCUGGCGCAGGUCAAGCACCCGCUGCUGAGAGGCCCAAACAAGAUGGCGAAGGUUCUCGGGAUAUCCCAGGCGUCACGCGAUGGCAAAUCCUCGAUGUCGUUUCUCUCCCUGCAUUUGUUUCAGAGACAGAGCCGCUGUCUCCUGGCGGCGACUCGCCGGAGGCCGCGUCCCUCGGCCAGUUCAACCUGCUGGCCCCCGGGGCCUUCGAGGCCUUCUGGGAGGAGCUACAGAGCGAAGUCGCUCGAUGGAUUCACUUCAACGCGCCGUUGCCGCCGUCUUCGUUUGACGCGCUCAAGGGAAAGACAGGGACUCUGACUGGAGAAAGGCAAAGGCAGAGCGGGGAGGUGGACGCAGAAACGCAGCGGCAAACCGAGGCGGACGACACGCAGGGGCUUGGGGACCUAUCGCGACCAAAGGUUCCCCUUCCAGCCAACUUCCCUGUCGCCGAAGCCUUCAGCAAGCGGAACUGGAAGGGUCAAAUUCUCCUCACGCCGUAUCUCCGGGCGGAACUCGAUGCAUUUGCAGAAAUCAUCUUGGAUCGUUACAGAGAGGCGGGUGGAGAAGAGCUGGGACGACUUGUCUUCUCGCCUCACAGCCCCGAAGUGCAAAGCCUUGCAUCCAGGCUGAGGAUUCCAACUGAUGUUGUGUUGCGGUUCUUGCUGAGACUCUUUGAGACGCGAGGCGGGGUCGGAUGCGGCUUUCAGAGCCUCGCGUUUCAUUUGCCCGGCCUUCGAGCUCCGAAGAACGCUCUGGAAGACGGCGAGGCCAGAAGAGACAGACGAAAACGGCGACGUCUGGACGCCGACGCAGAUCAUCCAGGCUCAGAGGACGGCAGCGGGAGCGAGACAGAGGGCGAGAACGAGAGGCGAGAAACCCACGACGAGAGAAGGACAGAAAGAGACAGAAAACUCCUCGUCGGCAGACGCCUCGUCCUUCUCCACCGAACGCGAGAUGUCCGGUUCCGCUGCCACUUGUGCGGCUGCCUGUACAGCCUCAUUCGAGCCCUCAAACACCACUAUGAAAAAAUUCACAAAACAGAACUCCCUGCAGACUCCGAUACUUUUGUGCUACCCUGGGAAAAAGAAAAGAGACUCCAAAGGGUCCAGCAGGCUCAGGAGCAGAAGCAGCUGGCCCUUGCAUUUCGGCGAAAACGAAAACAGAAAGAACGAGACGACCUCGGAGGCUCGCUGCCUCGGUCCGGGAAACGGUUUGGCGGCUGCCAGCCGUUGCAAAGCAACGAGCUUAUCCACAAUUCUCAUGAGAAAGAGGACGGCGAUGACGAGGCUCUUUCACCCUUGCAUUUCAGAGACGAAGAAGCGUCGCUCGUUGACACGACCGCAUCCUGGCUUUCAGACAAGAUAGGCAAGGGAGGACCCGGCGGCAGCUCGACAGCGGCGGGACUUCUCUCUGAGGCUGUUCAGCGAUUUCUUCGGGCAAUGCGAAAAGAGGAUGAAUUUGGUUUUGUCACUGCGAGCGUUGUGGCGGAGCGCCUGUUCGUCGCUGCUGAACGUUUGGCGCGCGCUCGUGGCUCUUGCUCUUCUCCCGGAGGCAACGGAGAUUUCGACGCCUGCGCGUCUUCACGUACUGCUGUUUCCUUCUCCUCGUCUUUCACUGGCGCUCCUUGGUCUUCUCUCUCUUCUUCCAAUGCUGCUGCGUAUGGGAGACAGGACAGCGCCCUCCCCAGUGUGUUUGGGGUCGACGGCAGAACGCUCCCUCCGGUCUCACAUCCUGUGUGGCAGAUCUUGAGCUCGCUCUGUAGCGCCACCCUCGACCCCGCCGCCUGCAUGCAUGUCUUCUCCUUCCUCAUGUUGCGGCGCCCAGUCAACUACCGGGCCUUCAACAACUACCGGCGCUUGGCAGGCUUCGAGCUCAGGAGUCACGUGACCUCGUGUCGCAUUCCGUCGAUUUUCGAUGCUCGCGCGGCAUCUCUGGAGGACAGCCUGCUUGACUCUGAACUGUGUGCCUUGGCAGACGCAACGCUGGCCCCCCAGCCUGCUCCUGUCUCCUCGUCUGUCUCAUUUCGUUCCGACGCCACUCACCUCGGCGACGGUGCGCCUGCAGAUCGCCUGCUCUUGCGCUCAACGCCUUCGCCUUUGUGGGGCGCCUCACCCUCCGUUCAGUGCAUGCGAACAACUUCACUGACCUGUCGACCCCUCAACUGUCCGAGAGUCACGCUAGCGAGGACGGUGUUGAAAAUGCUCUUGCUCACUCCUCUCACGCACUAUCGACCCUUCACCGCCUUCGAAGCGGCCCAGGAGCUCCGAGAAGGGGAGUGGAAGGCUAUCUGGCGGCUCUGGAGUCUCCGGGGCUGGGUGACGCAUGUGAAGCAGCCGCUGCCUCACCAUCUGCUGCCUCCUCGAGCCAGGUCCGCGUCGUCAACUGCUUGCGCGAAGAGCCGAGUCCGAGCGGGAGGACGAGGCGAACACGAAGAUGCGAAGGACGAAGAGAGAGUCGCCGACAAAGGGGAGAAGCGAGACGCAGGCAUCACACGCAAGUCGCCUCUGCAUGCGCUGCUUGCGGCGAAAUGCAGACGAUCCUUCGCCCUCAGCGCCGGUGCUCGGGCAGCGCUGUUUGGCAAGCUGCGCGGCCUCAGAUCUCUCUCGGCAUGCUGUCACGCAAUCCUGGAGCAAAGGGAGUCGUUCGAGUCUUGUGAAGGAGACAGUGACAAGCAGAGCCUCAGCACCGUCCCGUUGUCGGACUCACCGCAGUCGCCCCGCAGCGCGUCGCCAGGUGUCUCUUCGCGAGGGGACAGAAGGGCGCUCGACUCGGACGACGCGAGCGACACACGAGAAGCGAGGGAGGGAGGGAACGUCGAGAACCACUCACAAGAUCCAACCGAAGAGGUAGCACAAGACGCAGCAGAGGCUCUCGCGGAAGAGACGACGCGGGCGACAGCAGCGGAGAAAGCACGCGAGUCAAGAGAGAGAGCGCCGAGAAAGCGAGAAAGGGAAGCGGUCGCGGAGGCCGAGGGCAUCCCUCCGUCCGCUGCUCCAGGAGAAACGAAGGAUGUCUCGUCUUGUGGCAUUUCUUGGCGAGAAAUCAGCAGCGCAUCUCUGGGCGUCUCUCCGGCCUCCGCGCUGAUUCUCUUGGAGCGCAUGGCGCAGGAGGAUCUUCUUCUUCUUCCCGGUUGGGAAGCAGACGGCGAAGGCGUAUCUCCGUUGCAGACGCGCGUGUACGGAGGCCCAGGAGACGAACAGUCAGACGCUGACGCUGCCGACGAGAGAGGCGACCCUGUUGAGCAGUACUGCGCGCGAGUCUGUGGGAUGCUGGGUGCUCCGAAGACAGGCCGGAGAGCUGCGGGAGAGUCGCCAGUCCAAGGCGACGGCACCGGAGGAGAACCAGCUUCCCAAGAAGGACAGAGGCCUCAGAGAGAACCGGGUCAAGCAGACCCAGUUUCGCUUGGAGACACCCGAGGGUCUCCCGUUACAGACGCGGCAGAGAGCACGAAAAAAGCGCUGAGGCCAGAAGGCCAAGACGAGCAGGAGCCUCUCGCGGACGAAGCAGCUGACGAAGAAGCGGCAGACGCUGAAGGACUUCUGGACGAUGAAGACCUGGACAGGAGUCUCUUGCGUCUUUUACUCGAAGGCACAGACGCGCCCUCAGGCGCGGCGCUGCCGUCCCACGGAGACGCUCCAACGGCAUCUGCGGAGACGUCGGCCCUCUUUUCUUCUUCUUUCUUGGGUGUCGAUGGCGACGACGACGACGAAAAAGCUAGAGACGAGGAACAAGAGCAAGGCGACCGCGCCGCUUCCCUCGCGGCUCGCAUCGUCGAAGGAGGCGUCACAACUCACUUGCUGCGUUUGACGCGUGGCGUGCCGCGCCUCGCAAGUCUGCGCAUGCAGUCGCUGCGCAUGCAGCCUAACAGAUGUUCCUCUACGCCUCAGAGAGAGGAAGGAACGUCGAGGGUGUCUCCGAACCUAGAUCGCGUGUCUCUCACUUCCUCCGCAUCGGAGGCAAGGCUUUCUGAAGGAGCCAGCGCGACGGAGAGAAGACGCGAGUUUCACAGGCUUCCCCAAAGCAAGGCUCCAGACUCUACAUGCGCGAGUCUUGGGCAGGUUCGUGGUUUUUCUUCGCUGUCGCGCCGGCCUCCUGUUUGUUCUUCGGCGAGUUCGCCUCUCCCACCCCCGGGGUUCCAUUUGGUCGAUGGUUUUCUCGGCGCAGCUAGCGAACAAGACGCCGUCGAUCCUUCCAUGUUUCCUCCCGCUUUCUGUCGCGGGUCUUCAGCAUUUGCAGCUUGGGCUCACUUUGUUCUCGCCGCGUCUGGCGGCGCCAGUUUCGGAGACAGUGUCGGAGACUCUUCGUCGAGGGUGGUGUGCGACGCGCGAAACGAAAACGCUUCGCGAAACAUCUCCGGAGCUCCCGUGCUGGAAGCUGGCAGUGGCGGGUUUCCGCUCUGCUUGCCAGAGUUCGACGAAGACCGCAAAUGGGACUGGUGGCGAGACGCAGCGACCACGUUGCGACUGCAUGCAAGUCCAGUGUAUUCGCCGCAUCUCUUUCAGGUGCAUUCGGAAAAACCGUCUCCGAACACCAACGAAAGACAGGGAGACCUGACCGCCGAUGGAGGCAGCGUGAAAGCAUCGGCCGCGACAAGCAGGCGAAACGCAAACAGCCAGAACCCCACGCUUGUCGCAAGGCUGUCUCUGACGGACACAGAGGUCCUGGAGUCUGCCAGUUUGAGAAGAGAAGAACAGGGUCAUCCCGAAGGCCCCACAGGAGACGUAGGAGCCGUCCCAGAGACCCGAGUGCAUGCGCGCGCGCGAAACGCGGGGGCGUGGGCGGGCGCGGCCGAGCCGGAACCGCAGAGUCUCUUUUUGAAAUGUGACAGGUGCCCGCAUGAGAGCAGACAUGAAGAGGGUGAACCUGGAGGUGAAGACGAAGACGAGCGGAGCGGAGGAAGAGCGACCGAGGCAGGCGAGACCUCGUCGGUGAGCCGGGGAGCUCGCGUGAGCUUCAUUCACGAAUUCUCCGUUCCGUCACAAGGCCCUGUUCUGGACGAGGAGGCAUGGCAGGUGUUCUUCAAUUCCUCGGGGCCGGAGGCGGGAGACGGAGAGGACGAAAGGAAAUCACGAAAGUGCAAGAGAAAGGGAAGACAAACCGCGUCUUCUGUGGCCGCGGAGCGAUUCGCAGCGACGGAGGCAAGCAGAUCGGAAGCCGGGCGAACGACGAUGCAAGAUGCAUGCAUCAAGUGCGGGAUCAGAGCGCUGCAUGCGCUAGCUGUCCGCCUCUUGACGCGUCAAGCUCUCCUCCCGAUUCUUCCGAAUCCGCUGCCUUCAGAUGGUGCCCGCCUCCUCCUUAAGGCACUGGAGAGCGAAGAGGAAAGCAAAGAAUGGAACCGCGAGGGCGCAAAUGGCACGGAUGGUCCCGAACCGAGAGGGGGGAGUGCAUGCCGCGCGCAGGUCAUGGGUGGAGAAGAGACGAAUCUGGGAGGCUUAAAGUCGAAGAACGCACGCGGAAAGAGGAAUAAGAAGGGCAAUCUGUUUCCGGAAGAAACAGGGCCGACGCCUUCGUCUACGAACUGUCACGCGUCUCGUCUCUCUUCUUCUGCAUCUUUCGAGUGUUGCUGUUGUUGUCUAUGUUCACCGCCACCUUCGUCUCAAGCUCUCGCCGUUCUUCUUCCUCUCCUCAAACUUACCACCUUCGUUCUGGCCUGCACAGCCUCGACCAAGGCCGACGGCAUGCCUGCAUGCACCGCGUUCCAGUUAUUUCUCGACCCGACAAAGCGAGACGCUGUUCUCAAGGAACCGGCUUUCUUGCAGUUUCUCCGCUCAUCCGGAUCCCCUCUGCAGGGUGCCACUACCUUUGUUUCUUCCUCUUCUGCCCAUCCCUCUUCUUCUUCGCCUCCCUCGUCUGCUCACUCCGCUUCCCGUUCCUCUUCUUCGUCCUCGCUCCGCACACGCUGUGGUUCGUCUGGGGAAGCAGUAGAAGGCACUGCGUACCGGGCACACGGCGGAGACAACGCGUUGGCGGAUCUUGUGGAGAGCCUUCGUCCUGCUGCGGAAGCGCUGAGAGGGCGGACGGAGGAGUCCGAGGCAGAGACGGAAGGAAGCCGAGACAUCCGAGCCAGCAGGCAUCAGGACGUCGUGCCUGCAGCGACGGCAGUGAGCGAAGCGAGUAGAAGACGCGAAGAAAAGCCGGAGACAAAACGUGAGGACGACGCCAACACUGGAGCCGAGGAAGACCUUUUGAGUGCCGCGGUGGGACAGGCAUUUCUUCUGCUUGUUUCUCUUCUCCAGUCGCUCAGAUUUCUUGUCGUUGUCCCCGGCGCCCACGACUGGCAUCUGGUCGACGCUCAAGAAGCCGCGAGGCGCUACUGUGUCCGCCGUUUAGAGGUCAUCGAGGACCAUGUCGGAAAGCUGAAGGCCGUGACCGGCGAUGGAGAAGAAGGACGAAACGAAGAGAACACAGUGUCAGAGGAGACAUCGUCUGGAGAAAGCGGAGGUGUUGGACGGACUGCACGGCUUGUCGCCUCUUCUUCCUCUUCGUCCUCUACUCCUUCACGAGACAGACCAGUGCUGAGUUGCGGCGUUUCAGAGCCUUCUCCCUCUCGCCAAAGGCCGUUCUUGCCUGCAUUCGUGAAAUCUUCUUCCGUUCUUGCAGGUGUCUCCCCGCUCAUUCACGAAGUGUGGGGCGAGGCCUCUGUGGACCUCCUCGAGUCCAGCCGCCGGCUGGGGGGGUCAGCGCAGGUCUGCAGACAGGGAUCAUUACGGAAGGUGCGUGAGAAGGCGACUGACACGGAGCUUCGAGCUUCAAUUCCAAACGAGUGUGAAGAGAAAAAUGCCCCCUCUGUUUCGCCGGCCCUUAGCGCAGUUCGUGGAAAGCCUCUCCUUCGCAUCUCUUGCGUCACACGUAUCGCGCAGCGUUUCUUCGCUCGCGCUUUCUUCGAACAAAGACACAGUUGGGCGGCAAGAGGUCUGAUCCCCGCGCAGGGGGAGACGACGAUGAGAAACGGACGUCUUUCCUUUGUGCCACACAACAGCUUCUCGCAAAGAGACAGGGGAGACAGCGUAUUGAAUGCGUCUCGGCACAGAAUGUCGAACUUGGACAGUCUCGAAGAAAGAGACAGAAAUCAAACUGCAGGGGCAGCAAACGCAUGUAGAGAAAUUCGCGGUGAAGAGCCAGAGACGACGCAAGAACUCCGAUCAGGAAAACUUGCUACCCUUCAGCGAGACAUCGUCCCUGUGGCUCCCUGGCUUCGCCUGGAUGGCCGCGUGCAUGCAUCGCUACUUCAGCUUCUCGCUCUCAGGUGCUGGAGUCUCCUUACAAGCAAGCCUGGAAGCUCAGCAACAGAGGUGAAGGACAUGUUGGCAAUAUUGGAUCUCGCAGACGUCUCUUUCCUUCUUCAAUCGUGGACACGGGAUGGCCUUCUUCGGUGUGCUUCCCUCCAACCUCCUCGUCGAUCUUCCGCAUCUCCUUCUGUCCGGACUUCAGCGUCUUUUGUGUCUUCUUGCCUUUCCGGUGUCUCCGGUCCGCCCCCUGUCUCUUCGCUUUUGCCCGAAUCCGACACACCCACAAGGCUGGACAUUUCGGCUCUCUCCGCCAGCCCCGCGCUUGGCGACCCCCCCGGCGACCGCAUACAGACGGAGCCUGAGACGAAGCGAAGGUGUCAUGGGCAUUCUUUGUCUUUCAGGAAGAAACGAGGCGAGGAGUCGGGAGAGGAGGCAGCAGCAGACGGCAGUGAAAGAGAGCUUUUGUUCGGUGCCCUGAAAGCAACCUCAGACGCAAAGUGCAGCAGGGCAACAGCAAACUGGCCCGUGUCUCGUCGCUCGGAGACACAUGUAGAACAGAUGAACGAAACGAUAGACAGAACAGGAAGACGUCAGAAGCUGUCGUCUCUGUCGACCCUCAGCCGCGUUACAGAGAAGGCGCAGAUUCUUGCCUUGUAUGCCAAGACGCUCUACUUCCCCGAGCGAGCAGAAGAUGUUUUGCCGGAGUUCCGCGACUUACUGCUGCCUCAUUCCCUCUGA